AUGAAGGCCGCGGGGCGCUGCGGGGACCAAAGCGGGCGUCGUUGGGGCGACGGGAGGACGGCAGUGGGGUCUGCGGGGCGUACGAGAGCGGUGUCCGGCGCUGACGGGGAUAUUGAGGCCCGCAAAGGGCACAGAUUGGGACCUAGCUCCGUAACAACUUCCCCGACAUGCAGGGCAGCACGAGAAGAGUGGGUGCCAUGACGGAUGUUCAUCGGCGCUUCCUCCAACUGCUGAUGACCCACGGUGUGCUGGAGGAGUGGGAGGUCAGGCGCCUGCAGAACCACUGUUACAAGGUCCACGACCGAAAUGCUACUGUAGAUAAGCUGGAGGACUUCAUCAGCAAUAUCAACAGUGUCUUGGAGUCUUUGUAUAUUGAGAUAAAGAAAGGAGCCACGGAAGACGACGGGAGACCCAUCUAUGCUCUGGUGAAUCUUGCUACAACUUCAAUUUCCAAAAUGGCCACGGAUUUUGCAGAGAACGAGCUGGACCUAUUUAGAAAGGCUCUGGAACUGAUCGUUGACUCAGAGACUGGCUUUGCUUCUUCUACAAACAUUUUGAACCUGGUUGAUCAACUCAAAGGCAAAAAGAUGAGGAAGAAAGAGGCGGAGCAGGUGUUGCAGAAGUUCGUGCAGAGCAAGUGGCUGAUUGAGAAGGAGGGGGAGUUCACCUUGCAUGGCCGGGCCAUCUUGGAGAUGGAGCAGUUCAUCCGAGAGUCCUACCCGGAUGCCGUGAAGAUAUGCAACAUUUGCCACAGCCUCCUCAUCCAGGGUCAGAGCUGCGAGACGUGUGGUAUUAGGAUGCAUUUGCCUUGUGUGGCCAAGUACUUCCAGUCCACCUCUGAGCCCCGCUGCCCCCACUGCAAUGACUACUGGCCCCAUGACAUACCAGAAGUCUUCGACCCUGAGAAGGAGAGGGAGGCUGGCAUCUCCAGGUCAAGCAGAAAGUCCUUGCGGACCCGUCAGCACUAGCUGUGCCCUGCAUGGCUCUGGCUGUUGGUGGACUGAUCCUCACGACCCAUUCAGACCAGGGACCUGACAGAUGGCACAUGAAUUGCCUCCCUUGUUAUUUGCUCUUAACAUAUUUUUAGUAAAUGUUUCCUGAUGGUUGCUGUA